CUGGACGUGCACCGCCUCUUCCAGACCCUGGGGCCCAUCUUCAGGUACGACGUGGGGAGAUCGCAGGUCGUAUCGGUGAUGCUGCCAGAGGACGCUGAGAAGCUGUACCAGGUGGAGAGUUUGCAUCCACACCGGCGGCUGAUGGAGCCCUGGGUGGCCCACAGAGAGCAUCGUGGGCAGAAACGCGGCGUGUUCUUGCUGAACGGGCCCGAGUGGCACCUCAACCGACUGCCGAUGAACCGCUCGGUGCUGACACCAAAGGCUGCCCAGAAGUUCUUCCCCAUGGUGGACGCGGUGGCCAGGGACUUCUCCGCGUACCUGCGGAAGAAGAUGCUGCGGAACACCCGUGGGAGCCUCACCCUUGACGUCCAGCCCAGCAUCUUCUAUUACUCUAUAGAAGCUAGCAACUUCGCUCUUUUUGGAGAGCGGCUGGGCCUCUUUGACCAAAACAUGAGUUCCAGAAGCCUGAACUUCAUCCAUGCCCUGGAGGUCAUGUUCAAGUCCACCGGGCAGCUCAUGUUCCUGCCCAGGAGCCUGUCCUGCUGGACCAGACCCCAGGCCUGGAAGGAGCACUUCGAGGCCUGGGACUUCAUUUCCGAGUACGCCAACAGCUGCAUCGAGAAGGUGUGGCAGGAGCUGGCUCUCAGCCCUCACCAGGACUACAGCGGCAUCGUGCCCGAGCUGCUGGCACACAAGGGCCUGCCCCUUGACGCCAUCAAAGCCAACGCUCUGGAGCUCACGGCUGGAAGCGUGGACACGACCUCCUUCACCUUGAUGAUGACGCUCUUUGAGCUGGCUCGGAACCCCGCUGUGCAGCGGGCCCUUCGGCAGGAGAGCUUGGCCGCCGCGGCCAGCAUCACCGAAGAUCCCCACAAGGCCAUCUCGGAGCUGCCCCUGCUGCGGGCCGCCAUCAAGGAGACGCUGAGGCUCUACCCAAUUGGCAGCAUUUUGGACAGAACCCCCCCCUCGGAUGUGGUGCUUCAGAACUACCGUGUGCCUGCUGGGACUUCUGUCCAUGUGUAUCUGUACUCCAUGGGCCGGAAUCCGGCCGUCUUCCAGAGCCCGGAGCGCUACAACCCCCAGCGCUGGCUGGAUGAGCGGCUGCGCUUCAGCCACCUGGCCUUCGGCUUUGGGGUGCGCCAGUGCCUGGGGCGGCGCCUGGCCGAGGCGGAGAUGCUGCUGCUGCUUCACCACGUGCUGAAAUCCUUCCAGGUGAAGACUCUGCUGCAGGAGGACUUAAAGAUGGCCUACCGCUUCGUGCUGAUGCCCACCUCCUUCCCCCUCCUCACUUUCCAGCCUGCAAGCUAG